AUGGCUAAAGCUAUAAGCAACUCCACAACAUCUAACCUUAAAGGUAAACGAAAAAAGAAGUCUCCUACCAACGCUAAUCCCUUGUUUACACAAUGGCUCACUGAGUGGAAAGAUGAGGCCAUGGAAAAGGGGUGGAAAAGUGCACACACCUACUCAAAGGUAAUAUUUGCUUGCACUUGGCGGACUUGGCUAUAUUAGGAGUAACAACUAACUUGUUGAAGAUAAUAAAAAUUGAAAAUCAAAUUAAUAGCUUUUCUUCUAAAAUGUAAUAUGAAUUUUUAAAUGAUUUGUGUGCUGAUCCUUUUGUUUAAAAAAAAUGCCUUUAAGUAUCAUAAGUUAUGUUGCUUGGAUUUAUUUUAUUUUGAUGCGUUGUUUUUUUAUCACAGGCUCUAAAAACUCUAAAACUGUUUCCACUUAGGCUAGAAACUGGCAGCGACUGUAGACUAUUACAGAAUUUUGGUGAGUUCUGACAUUGUUUUUUAAAUUAAAGGUCAUCAGUGCUUUUGCUAGUGUUCACACCUCCCCACUCCUUUGCAUCGCAUUCGCCUUAAUUUUCUUUAAAAACUGAUCCUGCCACCAUGCGAAUUAAAAAACUUUGACCCUCCCCUCUCCUCCACUCAACAUUUUGUAAUAUUUUUAUUGCCAAAUUAAAAUACUACUUCUGUGCUGCUGUUAGAAAAUGGUUAUGAAUAAGAGUUGCUAUUAUUUUGUGUACAUAAUGAUGUCAGUUUGUUGAUUUGUUUUGGUUUUUGUAGGUGAAAAAAUAUGCCAGAUGUUGGAUGAGAAGUUGCUUGAAUAUAAAAAGAAUCAAGGUAAUACUACUUUGGUGUUGUAG